AUGGGACAAAUUGCCCCUGGACAAGGGACUGCCGACACCUUCGGGAAGAAGUGUCAACGCUAUUUUAAGAUUAAACGUAUUCUAGUGGAUCCAGGAAGUUCAGCUAAUAUCAAACAAUGGAGAGUACUGGAGCAAGCCAAACUCAUCAAAAGCAUUAUUCCGGCAACAAAGCUCCUCGCUAGAUUCAACCUCGCAAGCGCGACAACCCGGGGAGAGAUUUUGUUGCUCACAAACGCUGAAGAAAUAAUGAAGACAACUCUCUUCGAAGUUGUAGACGAAGACAUGGGGUACAAUAUUAUCCUGGGAAGGCCAUGGUUACACGAGAAGAAAGCCGUGCCUUCAACUUAUCACCAAUAUUUGAAAUUUUCGACACCUGAGGGGAUCAAACAGAUAAGGGGCGAUCAACCAACAGCAAUGGAGAUGAAUGCAAUCUCUGUCUCCAGUAGCACAGGAAAGGAGCGCGUGGCAUAG